UAUUCACUGGACAAGAUGGUAUUCCGCGCAUUUAGUGUACUCAGUAUCAUAAUGUUUGGAUUGUGUGCGACGGAAAAACUCAAUCUUCCUGUGCCUACCUGCAAACGCAAUUCAAGUCAUUAUAACUCCUGCUUAAAACGCGCUAUUAAUGAAGCAUGGCCACUUUUUGUAAAAGGUCUUCCUGCUGAAUUCGAUCUUCAACCUCUGGAUCCAUAUUUUUAUGAAUACCUAAAGGCUGUAGCUAAUAACAGUAAUCUAUACGGAGAAAUAACUACAUCAAAUACCACUAUUGAGGGUCUGAAAAUGAUACGUUUUAUAGCGGUGAGAUCGCAUUUUAGCGAUGAUGCCUUCCGUUUGAAGAUUGAUGCUCGUAUACCAAAAAUUUAUGCUGAAGGUAUUUACGACGCGUUUGGCACUAUAGCCGAAUUCCGAUUUAACGGGAAAGGGUACUUUAACGUAACAAUAGGAGAUAUUGGAGGAUCGUGGGAUAUAUUAGGGUCCGUAAAAGAUGAUACAUUAAUUAUAAAACAUUUUCGCAUAACUUUAACACUCAAAAACCUCAAGCUGUACAUACAUAAUUUCGACAAUCCAGUAAUCGAUGAACUCGUUAUGAUGUUCGUGAAUGGAAACUGGCCGGUACUAUAUCGAAUAGUAAUGCCAUUAGCAAUUGAUUAUUGGGAUACGUAUUUUAGCAACUUACUUAACCGCUUCUUCGCGAAACUUUCCUUCUCGCAAGUAUUUCCAUAAAAUUCGGAUGUUCAAUUAAAUAUGACUGUAACGUAUCAUUACGUAAUACAUUUUAUAUUUCAUAUAUGAUUCAAGUAGCGCUAGAUGUCGUGCAUUGUCCGCACGCUCUAGGAUGAGUUCGAUUCGUCGACUCGUUCGGUAAUAUUCAAUUAGUGAUUCGUCGACUCGUUCGGUAUAUUCAACUUUAACCGAACUUCGUUCGUUCGUUCGUUGUAUCUAGCGCGGAAGAACACUCGGUAGCAAAUUUGUAGCGAUCAAACGGCCAUCUUGUAAGCUAUCGUACGAGAGUUGUUGUUAAAAAAUGCAAUAAAGUGCUAGUCUUAUACAACAAGAUAUCUGUCGAUUCAAAAACCACGUCUCUGCAUACACAUCCAACUAAGAGAGACACAAGUUUCUCGACUACGCCGAUCACUGCGUGGAAAGGUAGCACUCAGUUACACAAGUCAAAACAAUGACGAAGCAGCAACUCACACACGAGAUAGAAGAGAUAUUCAGUGCCGCAAAAAUAAAAACUACGAAAAUUUAAA